AUGGGGUUAGCUGCUGAGUUUAAAGGUUAUGGUGAGGGGGAGUUAUGGGUGGAGGUGAGGAAGAUGAGAGAUGGAGUUUUAUAUUGGAGUGUGUCAGGAGAGGUUGUAACGGGAAUGGGGAGAGCUGCGAAUAAGUUGGGUGUGGGGCGUAUUAAGGGGCGGGGGAGCUGUUUGGGCUGCCACAAGGAUGUUGUUAUGUGGGGUGAUGUAGGCGUGAUGGCGCUAGUGAAGUGUUGGGAGCGAGCGAAAGAGGCAUGGUGGCUGGUUUGCUGGCAGUGUGGAGGGCUGGCUGGCAAGAGAGAGAGGUUGGUUAGCAGUGUGGUUUGGCCUGGAGUGGGGCUGUGGCACGCAAAGGGUGCAGGGCUACUUGGCGUUCAAGCUGCUGUGUGUGGGCAGAGUUGGUUGUGGCGUGGGGGGGCUGCUGUGUGGGAGAGUUAA